CCCACCCCCCACCUUUCUCUCUCCUCUCUUAUUAAUCUGUUCUUUUCAUAGUUCUUCACUAAAUUUUCUGCAACAUAUCAGCAGAGAUAGUGAAGUAGACCUGCAAAAAGAGGGGAGUGAGUGAUUGAGAAAAAGAGAUAUCAAACAGUAACCUCUCAUUGCCUUUAAUUCAACUUCUCUUUACCUCUGAAGGUGUUCAUGGAGCACAAUCAGCUUCUGAACAAGUUCCGCAAAUACCCAUUUUCGUUUUUACAUUUUCUGCUUGAAGCAACUUCUGAUUCACACGAGAGGAAAGAAAAAUGGAAGACUUAUUCAUGCCAUAGUGUCCUUUUCUUGCUUUUUCUGCUUCUAUUUUCCAUUCCUCCACUUGUCUCCGGCCAAAAAGGGGGCGGGGUAAUUGUGACCCAAGCAGAUUAUCAAGCACUUAAGGCCUUCAAACAGGAAUUGAUUGAUUUCAAAGGCGUUUUGCGUAGCUGGAAUGAUACUGGUAAUGGAACUUGUUCUGGUCGGUGGAUAGGAAUCAAGUGUGUCAAUGGGCAGGUCAUUGCUAUCCAGCUUCCAUGGAAGGGACUUGGUGGCAAAAUCUCUGAGAAAAUCGGCCAGCUUCAAGCACUUCGAAGGAUAAGCCUCCAUGACAAUGUUCUUGGUGGUACUGUCCCUUCAGCUCUCGGGUUUCUACGAAAUCUCAGAGGGGUUUAUCUGUUCAAUAACAGGCUUUCGGGUUCAAUUCCUCAAUCAAUUGGUAACUGCCCGCUUCUUCAGACUCUUGAUCUCAGUAACAAUCAGAUCACUGGUACGAUUCCUCCUAGCCUUGCAAACUCUACCAGGAUAUAUAGACUUAACCUAAGCUUCAAUGCAAUUUCGGGUUCAAUCCCCGUAAGCCUCACACGGUACCCUUCUCUCACCUUCCUAGCCCUCCAACGCAACAAUCUCUCUGGUUCUAUUCCUGAUGCUUGGGGUACAGUAAGAGGAAAUAACUCUUAUAAACUUCAGACAUUGACCCUUGAUCAUAAUAUUCUUUCUGAAAGCAUUCCAACUUCUCUGAGCAAGUUGGGUCUGCUUCAAGAGAUUAACCUGAGUCAUAACCAGCUUGGUGGAACCAUACCCGAUCAAUUAGGUAGUCUCUUGAACCUUCAACUGCUAGAUUUAUCAAACAACGCCAUAACUGGAAGCUUUCCUUCUGGUCUUUCCAAUCUCUCCUCCCUUAUUGCAUUGAAACUGGAAUACAACCACCUUAGUAACCAAAUCCCCGAAACCAUGGACCGAUUGCAGAACCUUUCAGUGCUACAACUAGGGAACAAUCAGUUCAAAGGUUCCAUUCCAGCCACUAUUGGAAACAUUUCUAGCAUCACCCUACUUGACUUAUCCGAAAACAAUUUCACUGGGGACAUUCCAACUUCACUUGCCAAUUUACCAAAUCUCACUUCCUUCAAUGUUUCCUACAAUAAUCUAUCUGGCACUGUUCCCUCUCUCCUUUCAAAGAAGUUCAAUUCAAGCUCUUUUGUUGGAAAUCUUCAGCUCUGUGGGUACAGUACCUCCACUCCAUGUCCUCCCCCCCCAAAUCAAAUUCUUCCACCCCCAGCAGUAUCCCAGGCUUCCAAACAUCGCCACAACAAGCACAGAUUGAGUACCAAGGACAUAAUUCUCAUAGCGGCUGGAGUCCUUCUAGUUGUUCUACUUCUCAUGUGCAGUACAUUGCUCUGCUGUUUGAUCAGGAAAAAGGUCACAUCAAAAACGAAAAAUGGUAAAACAGCCAGCCAGGCUGCAGGUAUAGGCGGCAAGCCUGUUCCAGAAAUUGGGACUGAAGUCGACUCGGGUGGUGAAGCUGGAGGAAAAUUAGUCCAUUUUGAUGGCCCGUUUGUGUUUACAGCUGAUGAAUUACUAUGUGCAACUGCUGAAAUAAUGGGGAAGAGCAAUUAUGGGACCGCAUACAAGGCAACAUUGGAGGAUGGCAAUCAAGUUACAGUUAAGAGGUUAAGGGAGAAGAUAACAAAGGGCCCUAAAGAAUUUGAGACCGAGGUAGCUGAGCUGGGAAAAAUUCGACACCCAACUAUCUUAGCCCUCAGGGCCUAUUACAUGGGCCCCAAAGGAGAGAAGCUUCUUGUCUAUGAUAAUAUGCCUAAUGGGAGUCUCGCAUCCUUCCUCCACGCAAGAGGUCCUGAAACCACCAUCACCUGGACAACGAGGAUGACUGUGGCUAUGGGCACAACACAAGGCCUAUGCUACCUUCACAACCAAGAGAAUUUAGUUCAUGGGAAUCUCACAUCAAGCAACAUACUGCUUGAUGAGCAAAACAAUCCCAAGAUUGCAGAUGUUGGCCUCUCCCAUCUCAUGACAAGUGCUGGCAAUGCCAAUGUGAUUGCCACUGCAGGUACACUGGGCUAUCGGGCGCCAGAACUCUCAAAGCUCAAGAAUGCCACCACCAAAACCGACAUCUACAGCCUUGGGGUGAUCAUAUUAGAGCUCUUAACAGGGAAAUCUCCCAGUGAGGCAACAGAUGGCCUUGACUUGCCCCAGUGGGUGGCUUCAAUUGUGAAAGAGGAAUGGACUAAUGAAGUUUUCGAUAUCGAGCUGAUGGGGGAUGCAUCCAAUAUUGGUGAUGAGUUGCUUAAUACUUUGAAAUUAGCUCUGCAUUGUGUUGAUCCCUCACCUGCAGCAAGGCCAGAAGCUCAACAAGUUCUUCAAAAAUUGGAGGAGAUUAAACCAGAGGUGGCUGUUAGUUCUGGUGAUGCUGCUUUGGUUUUACCAAUGAGUGAUGAAGGGAUAUGAUGAUCAAAUUAUAUUAUUAUAAAGUUAUUUUGUGCAUAUAUAUUAUCUAGGUGUCUAUGUGGGCUUAUUACAUUUGUUUUUUAUUUUUAUUUUUUAUCUUGGAUUGUAAUAAAUUCUUUUAAUUCAUUUUCCAGUCAGCAAAAUAAAU